CAGCUACCGAGUAAUCGACAAAAGUUCACCGAUCAGUUCGCGAGAGACUGCGCGCGCGAGCGCAGCCCAUCAGUUCAAAUUUAGAACACGUUCCAAACUCGUACGAGGACGUCGCACGAAUAAAAACAAAAAGGAAGUGCUUCCUACAUAAAAUUAGAACUUAAAGGACAUGGCAGUAUUUAGUGCGAGACUAUGGUGGGUGGUCGCGGCCGUACUGCUGGCGUCAACAAACACACAAGCAAGAAAUGUCACUCACGAAGACAUCCGCGACGCAAUGAUGUCCCUAGUCCACAUGUUCCGAAUAUCAGAAGACAAGCUGGAACGGCAUGAGUACCGAGAGAAGGCCCUCGGAGAACAACUGAAGAAGAUGAUCCUAGGCUUGGAGAAGAAGCACAGGAACUUAGAGUCCAUGAAGGGCACGAUAUCGAGGCUAGACGAUAGGUUAUACAAUGUGGAGAAUAUAUUCUUACAGAAGGAAGAAAGAGAAAAAGAAACUCAGAAGAAGACGAACGAAGCACUAGAUGAGAUAAAGAAGUCUCUACAGACAUUAACAGCCAUCGUAACAACGAAUCUCAAGCCUGCCCCACCCGCAGAGUUGGAUAACAGCCUGAAUCCUAUCGGAGAUCCAUUAAGCAGUCGACUUGAUGCCACUGACGCUAAAUUGGAUUCCAUUAAAAAAGAAGUUGAAGCUUUGAAGAAUAGCUUAAGCAAGGAUGCUCUAAGAAACAUGUGCCUGGACGUAGCUAUAGAGAUGAAUCCGUUCGAGAGGCACAUCUCAGAAGCGGAGAAGCUCCUGAACAAGUAUGACAUGAAGCUCAACGAGUUGAACGGAAACGGCACUAAAGUGCAGACUGAUUUCGUGCCACUUAGCGAAGUUGCGCUGGCUGAUGAGGCGUGGCACAGCAAGAUGACUGAAGUAAUGGAGCGUCAAGAGAAGAGUAUAAACAAGAUCCAGAAGCUGUUGUCAGACGCGGAGAGCAUGUGGAAGGACCUGCCGCGGCUCGCGGACCUGCAGCGGGGCUCCAACUAUACGCUGGAAGGGCUGCGCGAGCUGCAAGCCAACCUCACUGGAAACCAGGACAGGGCCGUCACCAAAAUAAACCUGAAGUUGCGCGAGAUGGGCGAUAGACUGGUGGCAACCAAUGAGGACAUCCAGCAAAGCCUGACGCAAGGCAACACGAUGAGCGAGCGGGCUUACAACGACAUACAAACCAGCUAUGAGAGUCUGAGAAGUGAGGUGCAAGCUUUCUCCAAAAACGAGCACGUGAUGCAGCAAACAGCGGACAGCGUGCUCGCGACCAAGAAGCGCCUCGAGUACGGCGUGCAGCAGAUAACGCUCAUCAUGAUCCAGAGCAGCCAACUCAACAAGACUAUUCAUGAUAGGUUAAACGCCCUCGAGUCGCAAAUAGUGACCAACCAGACAUACGCGCUGAGCAAUUUAACUGCCAAGAUCGAGUCGGAGAUGUCGCAGGUGUGGCGUCAGAUCGGCAUCGUGUACCAGCAGCUCACCGCCAGCCGCACCGCGCUAGACGGCCUCACUGAGCAAACGGCGCGAUACGUUAAUGGAAGCACCACCACAUUAGACAGCAUGAAAAAGAACGUGGGCAGCAUAACGGCACGCAUGUUGGAGGUGGACGACAAUUUGAACUACUUGCUCGGCCGACUGUCGCUCGUCACGCAGGAGUUCGGGCAGAUCAAAACCGGCCUCGGCGAAGCUCUGGAGAAGGCCAAGACGAGUUUCCAUGACGUUCAAGCCAAAUUAGAAGAUAGCGGUCCUGGGCCCCACGUCGCGGCUACCAAUUAAGUGUGGAGCAAACAGUGCUGUAGUUGUAAUGUACCAAAUAAUGUAGACAAUACUUAAUUGUAAGCAAAUAUACAGGGUGGCGACGAUAUUGAGGCAUUAAUUAAUGUAAAUGCGUUCAUCUCAACUGAUCAUUAUUUUUAAAUGUUUCAACGUUUUAAGGGUCUACGCAGACGAUUAAUUAUCGUCCGCGGAGGACAAAUUGAUCUUUUACAGAUCUGCAUCGCGCAACACACACGGUGGACUUAAUAGUACGCAGAAAGCUCGUAGUAAAAGACGACGGUCUUUUGUCCUCCUCGGACAAUAUAGUUGACUCGACUGCACAGAGUCUAAGGUUUGAAAUCUAUAGACCGCACUUUGACUUUGGAUAGACUUAAGUUUCAGUUAAAACGAGACAGAUUUAUGCCAGCAGUAUAACGCUGUCUCGUUUGAACAGUUCUUAAGUCUGAGGAAAGUCAAAUCUCAGCCUAAUACUUUGUACUUUGUCGACGCCAUCCUGUAUAGUUUAGAUUAACUUGACAGACGUGAUGAAAGUGAAAUAAAAAUGCAAUAAAUUAACUUUUGCAAAUA